CCCGCUGACCCCUCGCCCAUGGCCAUUCCUUGCACCUCUGCCCUUUGCCCUUACGUAACAGGCAAUUAAUCAAUCCUGAAUAAUUAGCUAUUGUGCGGAGGCACAUGUAUAUAUUGCCCUGCGCCAGCCUGCUUGGCUCCCUCGCCACGCCAGCCCUGCCAUGUCUUACGCCCGCUGGCUGGGCAAGCUGCAAACCCGUUGCAGGAUUCGCAGCUGCCUCCUGCGGCAAUGCCUGGCCGAGUUUCUGGGCGUUUUUCUUUUAAUUGUCAUCACGCUCAGUGCGUCGGCUCAAAGUGUCACCAGCGAAGGGACCAAAGGCAAUUAUUUGAGCUCCUCUUUAGCCAGCGGAGUGGCCGUCAUGGUGGCUGUCCACGUCUCCGGGGGCGUCUCAGGAGGACACCUGAAUCCGGCCUUCUCGCUCUCCCUCUGCCUGCUGGCUCAGUUUCCCUGGUGGAAACUGCCUGUUUAUUUCCUCAUCCAAGUUUUGGGAGCGUUCACGGGGGCCGGCACGGUCUACAUCCUUUAUUACGACGCCAUCCACAGCUACAGCAAUGGGACCCUGAGGGUGACAGGACCCCGGGAGACGGCCUCCAUCUUUGCCACCUAUCCGGCCCCUUACCUGUCGAUGCCAAACGGGUUUUUUGACCAGGUGCUGGGCACCGGGGUCCUGGUGCUGGGCAUCCUGGCCAUGAUCGACGGCCGGAACAAGCGCAUCCCGCCCGGAUUGGACCCGCUGGCCGUGGGUCUCCUGGUCUUUGCCCUCAGCGUAGCCAUGGGCGCCAACAGCGGCUGCGCCAUCAACCCGGCCCGGGAUCUGGGGCCACGGCUCUUCACCUACGUGGCCGGGUGGGGUCCCCAGGUGUUCAGUGCCGGAGACUGCUGGUGGUGGGUUCCAAUCGCGGCCCCCAUGCUGGGGGCCAUGGUCGGGACGGUGAUUUAUCAAUUCGGCGUCGAGUUUCAUCACCCAGACGAUCCGACGGAGCGGGAAAAGUCGAUUUCGGAAAAACUGGACCUGGGCAGCGAGAAAGAGAUGGAGCUGCCGGUCUACGUGGUGAACACAUACGCCGAGUCGUGGAAAGGCGCCAGGCCGGAGUCCCACGGUGAAGCCCCCAAAUGACACUUCUGCCCAGGACGCUUCCUCCUUCCUUUCCCUUUGGGUGUAUUGGGUGGGGGGCACCUUCCUCAAUCUGGGAUGGAAAGGGGGUCUUUUGUAUUAAUCAAGACCUGGAAAAGGGACAUUGGGGGCAUCGGCGGUGAGUGAAACGGACGCCGGCUAUCUGAGAAAGGACCCACGGGUAGAAGCCACCGUUCCAUUGUGUGCCAAAACACAAGCAGGGCGUUUUUGGUGGUGGCCCCUUCUCUGCUUACAAACCAGCCAGAAUUAUUUCCCUUGUCCUCUUUUGGGUAGUAUAAAGGGAGCAGCUGAGCCCCCCCAAGUCCAUUUCACAGAUCGUGGCACAGCCAGAGCGUAGCCAUGGGGGGCAAAAUUGUGCAGGGCUUUUACACGUUAGACAAUUUGGCAGGUUGUUUAAGGACUCUUUUCUUUCCCGCGCUCGGAAAAGGCCGGAUAAUCCGGAUCAUCGGGAUGGUAAAAACGUUGCCUCUUUCUCAUGCAACUCUGGAGGUCUCGGCUAAGGAUCUUUGGUGUGUCAAAAAAAUAAAUUAUUUAUUUUCA